AUGCCAGUCAAGAAGAAAGAUACUGACCGAGCUUUAUCGUUGCUGGAAGAAUACUGCCACAAAUUAAGGAAGCCUGAGGAGCAGCAGCUGAAAAACGCUGUUAAAAAGGUGAUGGGCAUCUUUAGGAGCAGCUUAUUUCAAGCUCUGCUAGAUAUUCAGGAAUUUUAUGAGGUGACAUUGCUGAAUUCUCAAAAAAGUUAUGAGCAGAAGAUAGAAGAAGCCAAUCAAGUUGCACAGAAAUGGGGGAAGACAUCCCUUCUUGCUCCUUGCCAUGAUAACCUUCAAAAGUCUGCAGAGCUUACAGGUUGCAGUGGACCAAAGGAAAAUGCUUCAUAUAUUGAACAAAAUGAAGACAAUCAGUUUUUUGGAAAUGAAACUGACAAGAAGACAAGUCAAAACCAAGGCAAGUGCCCAGCCCAGAAUUGCUCAGUGGAAGCUCCUGCUUGGAUGCCUGUCCACCACUGUACUAAGUAUCGAUACCAAGAUGAGGAUGCUCCGCAUGAUCAUUCCUUACCUCGACUGACCCACGAAGUGAGAGGCCCCGAGCUCGUGCACGUGUCAGAAAAGAACCUGUCGCAGAUAGAAAAUGUCCAUGGAUACGUCUUGCAGUCCCACAUCUCUCCUCUGAAGGCCAGCCCUGCUCCUAUAAUUGUCAACACUGAUACACUGGACACGAUUCCCUAUGUCAAUGGGACAGAAAUUGAAUAUGAGUUUGAAGAAAUUACCUUGGAGAGGGGGAAUUCUGGCUUGGGAUUCAGUAUUGCCGGAGGGACAGAUAAUCCCCAUAUUGGAGAUGACCCUGGCAUAUUUAUUACGAAGAUUAUACCUGGAGGUGCUGCAGCAGAGGAUGGCAGACUCAGGGUCAAUGACUGUAUCUUGCGGGUGAAUGAGGUGGAUGUGUCAGAGGUUUCCCACAGUAAAGCGGUGGAGGCCCUCAAAGAGGCAGGGUCUAUUGUUCGGCUGUAUGUGCGCAGGAGGCGACCCAUUCUGGAGACUGUUGUGGAAAUCAAACUGUUCAAAGGACCUAAAGGUUUAGGCUUCAGUAUUGCAGGAGGUGUGGGGAACCAGCACAUUCCUGGAGACAACAGCAUUUAUGUAACUAAAAUCAUAGAUGGAGGAGCUGCACAAAAGGAUGGGAGGUUGCAAGUAGGAGACAGACUACUCAUGGUAAACAACUACAGUUUAGAAGAAGUAACACAUGAAGAGGCAGUAGCAAUAUUAAAGAACACAUCAGAUGUAGUUUAUCUAAAAGUUGGCAAGCCCACCACCAUUUAUAUGACUGAUCCUUAUGGCCCACCUGAUAUUACUCACUCUUACUCUCCACCGAUGGAAAACCAUCUACUUUCUGGCAACAAUGGCACUUUAGAAUAUAAAACCUCCCUGCCACCCAUCUCUCCGGGAAGGUACUCACCAAUUCCAAAGCACAUGCUUGUUGAGGACGAUUACACCAGGCCUCCGGAACCCGUUUACAGCACUGUGAACAAACUGUGUGAUAAGCCUCCUUCUCCCAGGCACUAUUCCCCUGUUGAGUGUGACAAAAGCUUCCUUCUAUCAUCUCCCUACCCCCACUACCACCUAGGCCUGCUCCCUGACUCUGAGAUGACCAGUCAUUCCCAACACAGCACUGCAACCCGCCAACCUUCAGUGACUCUCCAACGGGCCAUCUCACUGGAAGGGGAGCCCCGCAAGGUGGUGCUGCACAAAGGCUCCACUGGCCUGGGCUUCAACAUUGUGGGCGGGGAAGACGGAGAAGGUAUUUUUGUGUCCUUCAUUCUGGCCGGUGGACCAGCAGACCUGAGUGGAGAGCUCCAGAGAGGAGACCAGAUCCUAUCCGUGAAUGGCAUUGACCUCCGUGGAGCAUCCCAUGAACAGGCUGCUGCUGCACUGAAGGGGGCUGGACAGACAGUGACGAUCAUAGCACAAUACCAACCUGAAGAUUACGCCCGAUUUGAGGCCAAAAUCCAUGACCUACGAGAGCAGAUGAUGAACCACAGCAUGAGCUCCGGGUCCGGGUCCCUGCGAACCAAUCAGAAACGCUCCCUCUAUGUCAGAGCCAUGUUUGACUAUGACAAGAGCAAGGACAGUGGGCUGCCAAGUCAAGGACUUAGUUUUAAAUACGGAGACAUUCUCCACGUGAUCAACGCCUCUGAUGAUGAGUGGUGGCAAGCCCGGAGAGUCACCCUGGAUGGAGACAGCGAGGAGAUGGGGGUCAUCCCCAGCAAGCGGAGGGUGGAAAGAAAGGAACGUGCCCGAUUGAAGACAGUGAAGUUUAAUGCAAAACCUGGAGUGAUUGAUUCAAAAGGGUCAUUCAAUGACAAGCGUAAAAAGAGCUUCAUCUUUUCACGAAAAUUCCCAUUCUACAAGAACAAGGAGCAGAGUGAGCAGGAAACCAGUGAUCCUGAACGAGGGCAAGAAGACUUCAUUCUUUCUUACGAGCCUGUCUCAAGGCAGGAAAUAAACUAUACUCGGCCAGUGAUUAUCCUGGGCCCCAUGAAGGAUCGGAUCAAUGACGACUUGAUAUCUGAAUUCCCUGACAAAUUUGGCUCCUGUGUGCCUCAUACUACAAGGCCAAAGCGUGACUACGAGGUGGAUGGCAGAGACUAUCACUUUGUCAUUUCCAGAGAACAAAUGGAGAAGGAUAUCCAAGAGCACAAGUUUAUAGAAGCCGGCCAGUACAAUGACAACUUGUAUGGAACCAGUGUGCAGUCUGUGAGAUUUGUAGCAGAAAGGGGUAAACACUGUAUACUUGACGUAUCAGGAAAUGCUAUCAAGCGGUUACAAGUUGCCCAGCUCUAUCCCAUUGCCAUCUUCAUUAAGCCCAAGUCUCUGGAACCUCUGAUGGAGAUGAACAAGCGUCUCACAGAGGAACAGGCCAAGAAAACCUACGAUCGUGCAAUUAAGCUAGAACAAGAAUUUGGAGAGUAUUUUACAGCUAUUGUCCAAGGAGAUAGCUUAGAAGAUAUAUAUAACCAGUGCAAGCUUGUCAUUGAAGAGCAGUCUGGGCCUUUCAUCUGGAUCCCCUCAAAGGAAAAGUUAUAA